CGCGUCCGGGGCGGGCGCCGCUGGCGGGGCGAUGCCGCUGGUGGUGCUGUGCGGGCGGCCGGGCAGCGGCAAGAGCCGGCGGGCGGCCGAGCUGCGGGAGGCGCUGGGCGGCCCGGAGCGGCCGGCGCACGUCGUGGCCGAGGCGGAGGGCGGCCGGGCGGCGCUGCGGGCCGAGGUGGAGCGGCGGCUGAGCCGGCGGGACGUGGUGAUCGUGGACGCGGGCAACGAGCUGCGGAGCAUCCGCUACGAGCUGUACUGCGCGGCACGGCAGGCGGGCACGGCGCGUUGCCUCCUGCACUGCGCCGGUGGCGCGGGCGGCCCCGACGAGCCGCCCUUCGAGGAGCCCGACCCGAGCUGCCGCUGGGACCGGCCGCUGUUCACGGUGCGCGGGGAGGAGCCGCUGCCGCUGGGCGCCAUCCGCGCCGCGCUGUUCGAGAGCGCUCCGCCGCCGCCGCACCGCGCCACCCGCACGCAGCCGCUGCAGUCCUGCGGCUUCCUGCACCAGCUGGACCGCGUCACCCAGGACGUGCUGGCCGCCGUCCUGGCCGCGCAGAGGAGCGGGGCCCAGCCCGGAGAGACCAUCCGCGUCCCCGGCGUGGCCGAGGGGCUGGUGCUGAGCCGGCCCGUGAGCGUGGCCGAGCUGAGCCGGCUGCGGAGGCAGUUCAUCAGCUACACCAAGAUGCAGCCCAGCGAUGAAAACCUGCCCCAGCUGGCCAGCAUGUUCCUGCAGUACCUGAGCCGCAGCAUCCAGUGAAGUGUCACCUGUGCCACCCAGCAGUGGCGGUGGUCGGGCCCCGAAGUACUCGCAGCGGGAAGGAUGUGCCUUCAGUCACAGACCCCGCAGAGCCUGCGUCCCAACCGUCGGGGAUCGGAUCCCUUGGCAGCAGCAGCUCUGGGAAGAUGGGCACCGUGUCCCUGCAGCGGCCGAGCCAGCUGCAUCGCUGGGAGGAUCUCUAGGGAAGCAGUUCCCACCCUUGCGUUCUCCCCAGUGGCAUCUUGCAAAAAAGGAGAGCUACUGGUGCAUCCCCAAACAAGUGAAGUCUCCUGUGGAGACAUAAACCCCACUAAUCGAAUAGUGUGACAUGAAAGUGCAAAAGGUGAUGACUGUAGUGAAAACUUUACCCUCCACAUUGGUGUGUGUAUGCCUGGAAUAAGAAGAUUGUUUUUCCUGGGCUGCCUCCAGAUAAUGUCAAACUGCAGAAGAGACUUCAGGUCCAGAACUGGAACAGGCUGUAUUUUUAGGAUGUGACUGUUUCAGAAAAUCUGACUGAACCCAAGAGAGAUUUGCAGCUCUGCACUGCAGAAGGGUGUUGGCUUAACAAACUCAAACUUCUCUGUUUCAGGUCUAAUAAUAAAAUGUGUGCCUUAAAUGGAGUAAAGUCUUAAUUUACCUGCAGGACUAUUUUGCUGAAAUAAUUUGCCAUGUUUUUUUUCUUCAAGGUCAUCAUUAUACACCCUUAAAAACACAAAUUGCUUAAGAACGAGUGCUCUCAUACAAAAAAUGAGCUGACAGUGUUCUGUGUGAAACUCAUAAGUCUGUACCAGCUGUGAUGGGUAGCUAAGUUUCCAAUAAUUUUGGGUACAGCUUAUAUAAACUCACUUUCUGGUGGAUGCUUCAUUCUUCAUGCUAAUAAAUUACGGCUUUUGGUUUUAA